UAUGGGGGAGUGUGUCACGUUACCGCAUGCAAAACUAGUGUGAAAUCACGAGGUGGUGACCCUGAUCUACCUACAUGUCCCAGACCACUUGACAUCACUAUAUAAACACCCAUGACAACAUUUACCUCUGUGCACAACAACCUUAACGUCUCACAACACGGCACGAGAUGUGGAAGGCAGUUGUUGAAAACCAAGGCGAUGCCACGCCUCCAAACGAACCGUUAAAGAACAGUUACAUCCACGGGGCCAGCAGCGAGCCUCUAGUGGGACGCACGGUGUGGGAAUGCCUGCAGGAAGCGGCCAGGGAAAAGCCGGACAGGGUAGCCAUCAGGUUGCCGCAGUUUGGCCAGGAUCUCACCUAUAAAAUGAUAUGUGACAAGAGUACAGAACUUGCCAAGGGACUGCUGGCACUAGGAAUGAAGAAGGGAGAUUUUCUCACAAUGGCUAGCGUUACGGACGCUUCAUUAGUCUAUGUCAUGUACGCGGCAGCUCAAAUUGGAGUCAUCUUAAAUGCGCCAGCGUAUACGUACCGACCACGUUCGAAAUUCUUAGAUAUGGUUUUGAAUCAAUUAAAAUCCAAAACACUGGUUAUAAUGGAGAAUCCGGACGGAUCAAAUGUCGCUGCUUUGAAGGAACUUAUACCAGACUUGGAGACAUUUGGUGGAAGAAACAUACAGUCUGAGGUACCCCACCUUAAGAAUAUCAUUAUUCCAAGUGUGUCGAAAGCAGCUUACGGCUUGUCCUUCGAAGAUGUCACAAAGCUUGGUAAAGAUAUUUCAGAGGACGUCAUCCAAGCAGCCAGAGAUGCUUUCACUGGAGAUGAUCCCAUAAACACGGGACUCUCCUCGGGCAGCACCGGCGUUCCUAAAUGUUCCGUCAAUAGUCAUUUUAAGGCGGUCAACUUGCUCAAGUUUUCCUUACUACGAUACGCCGACUAUAAGAAGCCGGUGGUAGUUGGAGUGGGCAAUCCCGUCCACGACGAACUGGUAGCAGAUUACGUCUACUGGGUCAGUGUGGAGUAUGAUAAAGACAUCCAGCUGGUCAUAUUACCGUCCACACUGUGGGACGUAGAAUUCCAGGGGGAGAACGAAGAUGAAGGCUACCACAUGGAGGAUUUGUACAAAUCAAUACAAGAGUGCAGGAUCACCCACCUGGAGGUGUACCCGACAUUUCUGAUGAAGGGUCUGGAGCUUGAUGCCGAGAUUGUCCAGAAAUACGACACGUCUUCUGUGAAACGAGGUAUUCUCACAUCCACAGUUAUCACGGAGAAACUGAGAGAGCGGUGCUCAAAACUAAUCCCAGAAUUUGUGGUCGCACUCGGCACUACAGAAUACUGGAACAUCAGUAUCACCUAUCCACUAGAUGACGACUUUGACCGCCGGUACCGCGGUAUUGGCUUUCCACCGCCACACACUGAGGUGAAAAUAGUUGAUGCAAACAACAAGAUCGUUCCUCCAGGCGUGGAAGGGGAAAUAUGCGUGAGAGGGGUGUUCAUGUUCAGUACUUAUUACGGUUCUGAAGACUUGUACAGGAAAGUGGUGUCACCGUGUGGUUGGUACCAUACUGGAGACAUUGGUACGAUGAAUGAAUACGGGUUUAUGUACUACACUGGGCGGAAAUUUCAUGUACUCCAUUUUUCUCGCUGGGGCGACAAGGUUUAUCCUGCUGCUAUAGAGAUUGCAGCAGCAAAACAUCCUAAAAUCAGUCUGGCACAGGCAGUUGGAUUUAGAAAACCUGGCGAAGAUGACCUUGAUACCAUCAUUCUGUGUGUUAUACCUAUCCAGGGCCAAAAUAUAACAGAAGGUGAGCUGCGAUCUCAUUGCGAGAGCGAGCUGUUGGAUUACAUGUGGCCCGACCACUAUGUCGUCAUGGAGACGUUCCCUAGGGUGGGAAUCAGGCAGAAGGUAUCCAAAGAAAAACUGCUGAAACUUGCCAAGAAAACUUUGCUGGAUUCCGGGAAACUGCAGGCAAAUGAGGUGGAACUAUAAAAGCAAUUUGACGACAGCGUCACAAUAUGCGAUAUAUUUAUUCAUAUAUGUAUGUAUUUAUACAUAUACGCACAACAAAGAGCAUGUUCAAGUUAUUGAAACAGCAUGAGAGUAUUGUGAAUUUAUUUAUUCUGUAUCUGAGGAAUUAUAACUAACAUAACAUCUUUAAACACUUAAGUAAUAUAAGUGUAUGAUGCUAUGUGAUGUGAUUCCAAAAAGACACAGUGUGUACUUGAAAAUGUAAUAUACAGCAUUGUAAUCUACGUAUUUAUUUAAAGUUCAAUAUCCAUAAAAUUAAUCUUCUGUACACCUCACAAGAUUUCUAAGAAUACAUAGUUAGCGACAAGAUAUAACAUAUACAAGUUUUUAAAAAAGGAAAAAAUCAAGGAUUUUAACAUUUUGCUUAAAUUUGUGAUGUUUAAGUAGAUAUAUUAUGUAUGGUGCAAAAACUAUUAAC